AACCGCUGGCACUAAAUAAUGAUGGCUGAUAUGAUGGCGCCUUCGCGACUCCGCGACCACAAGACACUGUACGAAGCGAAACCAAAACAAACACUCUGAUCAUUUUGGAAUAUCAAACUGGAUUGAGAGAUGCUAAAAGUCAACACUAACAAGGGCAAGCUCGAUAUAGUUCUGAAUGAAGAGAACUUCUUUAAAACAGGACUAAAGGAAAGAGGUGCUAAGGGGAGACAAAGCUCAAAAGGUUUUUCAGGAAGAACAUCUCAAGCUCGCACUCUCCCUCUGAAGACAAACAGCUCUAAAGAAGAUGGCAAAACCAAAUCCUCAUUCAAGCCACAGAAAAAUGCUGUUAGAGAAGCCAAACUAACAAAAAGUGAAAGUAUAAGAAAAGAAGAACCUUCUGCAGUUGCUAGCUAUUUGACAAAGGACCAGUUGUCACGAAUUCUGUCAUCUCUGAAAUCUUCAGACACUCAACAUGUGCCUGUUGCAGAUCUCGAGAAUGUAUACACAGGGUCAGGGGAAAUUGCUGUUGAACAAAUUGCAGUUCAUCAGGCAUUGAUGAGGGACUCUGAAAAAAGGAGAGUAGAACAGAAACCAGAAUCCAAAAUCAAAGACGAUAUUUCUGAAAACCAGGGACAGGUCAAUACCCUCAGCAAAAAUUAUCUGUGGAAGAAGGAUCUGAAACUUUCAAAAGGCAAAGAUAGCAAUGAUGAGCAAGUAGCCCUUAAGCAGGAUUUAAAAGCUAGAAGAAAGUUACUGGAUAAGGAUGAUGAAUUUAAAGAAUAUAAUCCAUGGGGCAGACCAGGAGGAGGUGCUCCAGUAAGAACUCAAUCUGGAAAUAUUGUGGCUGACUACAAGAAAAUGCAUCAGGACUUGACCUCCAAGAAUGAAGACAAUGUUGUAUUAGCUUCAUUGCUUGACAGUGGCAUGAAGACAAAGACGCCAGCAGACAGCUAUAAUGCGCAUGACCUUAUCACCACAGCUACUCCUGUGGCCAUGAGGAGUUCAUUUGCCAUUGGUGCUCCCGGAGUUGUACAGUAUGAAGAAUAUCAGUCUAAAAUUGAUGGAAAGAAAAAGUGGCUCCAAGAUCUUGAACAACAGAUCAAAGAAAAGAAAGAGAGACAGGCUCAGGAAAAGCAGCAGCAAAUGCAGAAGGAAGUCAGGGAAGAAAGGUGGAAACAUACAGCAGUGUUAUCAAAUGAGUCCCCUCCGGCAGCUACUGCUUUUGAAGUAAAUAAUACUACAACUGCCACAACACGGCAAUCGCAUGUUGAUAUUGAAGCAGCUUCUGCUACUGCACAAGACAGUAGUUUCAGGGCUGGCAAUCCUCAUGGCCGUGGUCAAGGAUUGCAGAGUUUAGUUGAGGUGAACCACGAUGAAAUGGAGAGAAAGAGGCUGAAAACACUUGAGCAUCAGCGUGCAAUAAAAGAACAAGUAGAAGAAAAAAGGCGCCUUAAACAGCAAGAAAAAGAAAGGAGACUGAAAGACGAGGCUGAGAAAGAAAGGACGCUGAUGAUGGAGCGAGAAAGAAUGAAAAAACAGUAUGAAGAGGAGCUAAAACAGCGAGAGGAAAAAGAGAAUGAAGCAAAGCGUCGAGCAGAGGCGUUACAAUUAAGUAUUUUACAAGCAUACGAGACAGCUCAACAGGAAAAAGCUACCAAAAGAAUCCAACAAUUGGAAAUGCGCGGUCACGAUGUGUCUGGAUUGAAAACUCCUGGCUUGGCCUUGAGGCAACAACACUCUUCUACAGAUACUUCUUAUCUUGAUACCGCAUCUGUUUCACCUAGACCAGAACACAGCCAGUUAAGCCCGCAACACAAAGAAUUACCUGCAAAGACGAAUGACAUAGUCAUUGCUUCGACAGAUCAGAAAAAUGCUUCAUUUGAAUCGGAGUUUAGACAAUUGAGUUUAAACGCCUCAUUAGAAUCAGAAUGGAUCAGUUCAUCUCCUGUUACGUUUGUACCGAACAAUCCUCAGGCAAAGACUCAAACGAAAAAAACGUCUCCGUCACGUGCUAAAGGAGCGGCUCACGUCACUACGCGGUCACAAUCAGAAAGAGGACAGAGGAAAAAACAGACACUUAAGCCACGGAACAAGCGACAGGGUUCAGUAGAAACUAUAGCAGGUGGACAGGAGGAUGGUGCAGCAGCAGUAGAGCUAGCUAGUCCUAUGGAGGAUGCCUUUAUGAUACCUUACACCCGCACUGCCAGUGCUACAUUCCAUCCAGUUCCAUACACUCCACCCUCGGCACAGGCUGAUCAUGUUAGUUCUCUUAAAGAUCAAAACUCUAUGAACAGAAAUCAACAAACAGACAAGAAAGCUCAACCUGCCGUGACUUCUCGAACAACAACGAACCAAGCUGUCCUGGGUCGGCAGACUGUUAAAAAUGAAAAGAUCGGAAAAAAAUCGUCAGUUGCCCCUAGAAGUAGACAUGAAAUGGUUCAACAACAUUCUAUAGAAGCCGGAAAGCGUGAUGUCAAAGGACACCAAACAAAAAUACAAAACGAAAAUGCCGGCAUUGAUCCAAUUCAGGCCUCUCCAGACCGUGUACCGACAGCGCGUCAAGAGAUGAUUCUACAGCAGCUUGCAACUCUGCGGCAGGGUUUAAUGAUGAAAGAAAGAGAGCUCCAUCACAGUGCAAUUUGAUGGGCAGCCUAAUCAAGAAAAGCAAAUUCAACCAGUCUGUGUUUCGCAUACAGAGCCCGGAGUCAAGGUCAUUCUCUCUCAUAGAGGAUUAGAACUGAGAAUUAAUGAUAACAGUGCAGGCCGGAUUGUUCUAGUCCCUUAAAACCGAAGCAGGCAUCAGAGAAAGCGCGUAGUCCUUGUUAUAAAUAAAAUGGUUGUUUUUAACUUAAAGUGGUAUAUAAUUCGAUAUUUAAAAGUUGUAUAUAGUAUGUCACCUGUAUACAAAAAGUGCAGAGAACUGUAAUAAAAGAUAAACCUGUCCGCCUCAGAUGAAAAUUGGAACUUUCUCUACUGAAGUCAAUGGUGGCCCAUUCGGCGAUGAGGCCUACUGACGCUGCUCCGGCGGUGAUUAUAAACAUGUUGUUGUGAAGGUUUACUAUAGGUUAUCCAUCUUAGGAACAGAGUCCUGUUUUAAUACACCAACGUUGAUCUGAGCUACUGAAACACAAUUUUCUAGAUAUUGAAAUUUAACACAUCCUCUUCCGAAACAGACACUAUGGAAAGCUUACCGCGAGAGAUGAUUAUUCCUCACGUAAAGAAAAAUUUUCCUAAGCUCGAUCGGCUGUCCGCGAGAAAGCAGAACGAAGCACCGCAUAUUUUCAAAAACUACUUUCCUUUCACCCCGUUUCUUAUAACGUUUUCAGUGAGUAGAUGGUGCAUUAAGUUACUUCCCUUUUCAACUGGAUGGUCUGGUGGCUAUAAGGUGAGCGUAUUAGUGGCUCAGAACAGGUUGAGAACACGUUAAUCAAAGAUGCGUCAGAGGACCUUAAAUCUUUAUCGCUGAAUAUGGAAAAAUCGUUCAGAGAAAAGUGUUGGAGGGACUAAGAACCACCUUGAAGUUCAAACAAACGAAUAUCAAGAAAUUUGUACAAGAACGAGGACAGUCAAGGUUUAGUUUAUAUUAACUUUAGUUCCAAUUCACGCCUUGUCAUCUGUAAAUUGAUCGACUCUGGCAUCUCUUUAUCGUCACUCUCACCAAAUGUGAAGGUGAUCACAGGCCACCAAAAACGUAACUUUAUUCUAAUUAUACUCUUACAUUUAAUUUAAUUCAUAUGACAGACAAGGUAAUCAGUGGUUAGGAAAAUAAAAAUCGAAAAAUG